GCCAACUGAACCCUUGCUAAACCGGUUGCCAACUCCUUCCCUCGCCAGUCACCGAUAAGACCAGCCAUGACUCCCGUUUCGCUUCCCGCCGAUGCCCUGGGCGGUGAGAGGGUGCUGACCGUACAGACGACGGAGCUAGAAGUUGGUGGUUGAGACACGCACGAACUUGCACGAACUUGAAUUGUUGUUGACUUUCCCGGACCCCGUCAACCCAAACCUCUCGCACGGCUUCGCUCGGCUCGUGUUACUACGUUUUCUCGUAUGUACAACGCCAGGCUUGCUACUGGGCCAAUCUACAUAGCACUGUAGCCCAUCUGUUUUCCAACUCGUACCGAGGCAACGGGAACACCCAACGAAACACACAUCAUACCGACUGCGGCAUCGUCCCAAGAGCUCGACCCUCCCGGUCCAACGCCGGUUUGAGGACAGCCCGACAAUGAUCACGCCGACUCCAAACCCAUUCACCGGCCGUGCUCUCCGAGAUUUUGGUCGACGCCAUUUCGCCGGGCAAGCAAUAUGUCGGCCUGUCAGGGUCCAGCCUCGUAACCUACACAUUAGCGUUCCUCGAGCGUCAAAGAACGGCACGGGCCGAACACCGCAUCCCGAGCUCCCGACGGCACGUAGGCUGCCUUUCCAGGCCCGAGCAGCUCCGUUGAGCGUUCUCCUUGGCGGCGGUCUAGUUGCCUCCUUCCUGGCCUACUCUCAGUUUGGCGAAGAAAGCCGGGCGCUACAGGGCGCGGCGCCCGCCUCGACCGACGACCGCGAUCCCUCCUUGCCUCGAUUCCGCCUCGCCGACGUCCGGAAGCACGAUGGCUCCUCGUCCGAACCGUGGGUCAUAUUUGAAGACAAGGUCUACGAUAUCACGGAUUGGGUCCCGGCACACCCUGGCGGCGACGUCAUCCUCCGGGCGGCUGGGUCAAGCAUUGAGCCGUACUGGAACAUCUUCACCAUCCACAAGGCGCCGCACGUGCGCGAGAUCCUGCAGCAGUACCUCAUCGGGUUCAUCGAUGUGGCCGACUUGGGCCCGGACGGGCGGCCUGCAGCCGAGGCCAUCGAAGACCCGUUCGUGAACGACCCGGUACGCGACCCGCGCCUCAUCACGCACACGGAGAAGCCGCGCAACGCGGAACCGCCGAACGAAGAGCUUGACCGCGCGUUCCACACGCCAAACGAGUUAUUCUACAUCCGUCACCACAUGUGGGUGCCGACAGUAGACGCGGAGAAGGCAGAUGAGCACGUCUUGAGCAUCGAGCUCCCGGACGGCGAGACCAAGAAGUAUACGCUGGGGGAUCUGAAGAAAAAGUUCCCGACACACAAGGUCACGGCUGUCCUGCAAUGCAGCGGCAACAGGCGGAACGACAUGACCAGGCAUGCUGGCAAGACCAACGGACUGCAGUGGGGCGUAGGUGCCAUCAGCAACGCCGAGUGGGAGGGAGUCCGGCUCUCGGAUGUUCUGGCCGAUGCCGGGCUCAAAGUGCGUGAUGCGACUUCGCCGACGCGAAAGGGCACAUCCGCUGCUAGCGGCGACAACGAGCUUGACGCCAACACGCUCCACGUCCAGUUCACCGGCCUCGAGGCAUACGGCGCCUCAAUUCCCCUCAACAAGGCCCUCGACCCGCGCGGAGAUGUGCUCUUGGCUUUUGGCAUGAACGGCGAGACACUGCCGCGAGAUCAUGGUUUCCCCCUGCGGGCUGUUGUUCCAGGCCAUGUCGCAGCUCGUUCGGUGAAGUGGCUCAGCAAGAUUAUCGUCUCCGAUGAGGAGAGCCACAGCCAAUGGCAGCGCCGCGACUACAAGUCAUUUGGCCCGAACGAAGGCCCGAAUCCUGACUGGGACCGCGCGGUUUCCAUCCAGGAAAUGCCCGUCACCAGCGCUAUCACUGGCGUCUGGGUAGGCGACUGCGUGCGGAAGGGCCGCGUUCCCUGGAUGAACCCGAGCAGGAUCCCACAACCUGCCAAAAGUAGUAGCAGCCCCAUCCUCGACAUGGCCGCGGUGUCCAAGCGAGUAGGCUUUACGCCUGAGCCAACCUCGUCCGACACCACCACCACCACCACCACCACCAACAACAACAACAACAACGAGAAGAACCUCUCCCCAUCCCCCUGCCCACCAACCACCCCGGCCGACGAACCCAUCGCGAUGCAAGGCUACGCCUACUCGGGCGGCGGCCGCGCCAUCACCCGCGUCGACGUCUCCCUAGACGGCGGCAAGACCUGGGACCAAGCGGAGCUGGUCAACGACUGCGCCGACCCGGCCUCUCCCUGCUUCGGCAACAAGUCCUGGACCUGGACCCGCUGGCGCUACGUCGGCGCCCUGCCCGUCCUCAGCCUCCCCACCGAAGAAGGGCCGGCGCCGGCAGCGGGAGGAGGGGCGGAGGAGACGGGAGCCGGGGGAUGCCACGGCGGCGACCGCAAGACAAGCCGGAAGCACUGCACCACCCUCGUCGUCAAGGCCACCGACGACGCCUACAACACGCAGCCCGAGAGCCACCGCGGCAUCUACAACGUGCGGGGGAACCUGGCCACGGCGUGGCAUCGCGUCAAGAUCUGUCCGCGCUGUACGGGGCCGUCGGAGGAUGGGACCUCCGACGGCAGGGGCCUGACGUGGUCGACCGGGGAGACGUACGGUUGCGGGUUCAAGAAGGAGGCUGAGGAGGUGAGGGAGGGAAUGAGGCGACAGGGUGUUGUUGGGAACGGCAACGGGGGCGAGGAGAAGAAGUGAUGGGGGUUAGUUAACUGGGUCGUAUGGGUAUCCGGAUUGUGAUAUGUGGUUUAGCAGGCGUUUUGGGGAUAUGGCCGCAGCCAGCAAGCGAUGCGUUUUGGUUACUGGGCAGGUUUGAGCAGUGGAUAUGAGCUUAAAGAGAGAGAGAGAGAGCAUGGUUGUUCAGCCAUGGCGUUCCGGAUUAUCAGAGAGCGUAAUACCAAUGUUAAUGUAUAGUCCUUCCCUCGAGCUAGCUAAUAACCUUAGGGGUCGGUUGUUCCAACUGUCUACCAAGUAUU